AUGUUCGCGCUCCUCCCCACUUCCUCUUUGCCCGUCUUCGCCCUCCUCAUAAUCUCCAAAGCCGGCUCCCUAAUCUACCACCGCACCUUCCCCACGACGUCUUCUGCCGCCAUUACCUCCCCGACUUCGGAAACUCCCCCUCCCACGACUGGCACCCUAGGCCUCCCGGGCACCUCCACCCUCACAACCAACGACUAUUUGGUCCUGGCCGGCACCUUCCACGGCGUGCACGCCAUCACUCGCUCGCUCACCCCCAGACUCCCCCUUCACUCAACCGCGAACCCCACCCGCGCCUCCGACUGGACUCACCCAGACCCAAAUGUCGCCGCUUCGGGUAUUGAGACCAUGGAGAGCAGUUUCUUCCGCCUGACGGUGUUUCAGACGCUCACGGGGACCAAGUUCUUACUGUUCACGGAUCCGAGCAUGCCGAAUACGGAUGUGAUCAUGAAGGGCGUGUAUGAGCGGUAUGCGGACUUCGUGUGCAAGAAUCCCUUCUGGCAGAUGGAGAUGCCAAUUAGGAUCGAGAUUUGGGAGAGGAAGGUUGGGGAGUGGCUGACUAGGCGGUGA